AAAUGUCUAAGCUUAAACUUAAAGUAUGAUUAUCUAAUCAUCUUAGUUUUGUUCUACAUCAUCAUUAUAGAGUUCAGUUGCCAAAAAUCAAAAAAUACUUCUGGGAAAUCAACAGGAUCCAAUAUCAGCAUAGUAAUAAGAAAAUCUAAUCAAUUUUGGAAAUAUUGAUUAAAAACGAAGAAAUGACUAUGCUGGUGAUCGAUUUAUUCCUAGAAAAAAAAAGAAAUUUAGCAUUCUCACUGAAACUAAGGCACCAGCUCAAGACAUAGCUUCAUCUUAAGCUGCACUUGAAAUGCUCUAUAAAUAGUAAAUUCUUGAUUAAGAGCCUAUUAUUGAACCUGAGAGUGGUUCAUUAAAAUUUAUAAAUCAAAAUAACUUUCAAUAUAAGAAUGAACAUAUAUAUUAUAUUGAUUCUAUUGACCCAAAAAAUUAUAAUAGGUAUUAUUAAUUUAAUAAUUUAGUCCUCUUGUGGAUCAUAAGUACUUUGCUUUGCCAGAAACAAUAUCAAGUUAUUAUGGAAAAUAUAUUAGAAAAAUUCCGAAAGUACCAUUUAAAGUUUUGGAUGCUCCUCAAUUAUAAGAUGAUUUUUAUUUAAAUCUUAUAGAUUGGAGCAAUUAAAACACUUUAUCAGUAGCUCUUAAUAAUUGUGUAUAUCUAUGGUAUUGUUUAAUUCUUAAAUAGGAAUGCUUAAUCUUCAAAAGUUACGAAAUUACUUGAUCUAUGUAAUGAUGUAGUAACAAGUGUUGGUUGGUCUAUAAGAGGACCAUUACUUGGAGUAGGAACUAAUAAUGGAGAAGUAUAAAUAUGGGAUGCUUGUAAAUUAUAAAAAGUUAGAACAUUAUAAAGUCAUACAGCAAGAGUAGGAACUCUUUGUUUUGCAGAAAAUAUAUUGAGUAGUGGUUCAAGAGAUAAAUCAAUACUUUAAAGAGAUCUAAGAUAAAAAGAAGAUUAUUUUUUUAAAUCUUUAGCACAUAAAUAAGAAGUUUGUGGUUUAAAAUGGUCUCCUGACAAUUAAUUAUUAGCUUCUGGUGGAAAUGAUAAUAAAUUAUAUAUUUGGAGUGCAGCUUAACUUGACAAACCAAUUUUCAAGUUUACUGAACAUCAAGCAGCUGUUAAAGCAAUAGCUUGGAGUCCACAUUAACAUGGAUUAUUGGCUAGUGGAGGUGGAACUGCGGAUAAAACUAUAAGAUUUUGGAAUGCUUUAGAAGGUAAGAUGCUCUCAAAAGAAGAUACUGGAAGUUAAGUUUGUAAUUUAAUGUUUAGUAAAAUGGAAAAUGAAUUAAUAUCAACGCAUGGUUACAGUCAACAUUAAAUUGUAUUAUGGAAAUGUAAUGGCAUGAAAAGGAUUGCCACUUUAAUUGGUCAUACUAGUCGGUAUAUAUAUAUUUUUAUUAAGUGUGCUCUAUUUAGCAAUGUCUCCAGAUGGAUAUACUAUUGUGACUGGGGCUGGAGAUGAAACAUUAAGAUUUUGGAGUAUCUAUCCAUAAUCUAUUGGUAAUUAAUAAAAUAACCAAUGUCAAUUGGCACCUCAGAAUAUUAGUAUACGUUGAUUUAAAACUAUUUU